AUCGGCAACUCCAAAAGUCCAACUCCCCAACUUCCAACCCUGUAUUUCUUGAUACUUUAUACUUGUAUCGAUUACGUUCGCACCAUUUCUGUUGAUCCAGCCCGGUUUCCUCUCUUCUGCUAUGAGAAAAUGACCUCCUCUUCUUCUUCUUCCUCCUGCGGAUCAAACACCCUCUUUACACUUCUCUUCCAUUUCUCGAGAUCCGGAGCUUGCGAUUCCGACGAAAGUUGCUGCCGAGUUCUUCUCAGAGACUUGGCCGCCAGAGAAUUCAAUGCCUUCCUUUGGGUUUCCCUCAUCGCCGUCACCGCUCUCUUGCUCGCAAGGGUUUUUAAGCUGCUCUGCUUGUGGGUCAAGGCCAGGUCCAUCCCCGGCCCGCCGUGCCCUUCCUUCUACGGCCACCACAAGCUCCUUUCCCGCGAAAAUUUUACCGAUGUUCUAUCGGGUUUGCACAAGAAAUACGGGUCUGUUGUGAAGUUAUGGUUGGGUCCUACUGAGCUAUUAGUGUCAAUAAAGGAUCCAAUUCUGAUCAAAGAGAUGCUACUAAAGGCUGCUGAUAAAUUGCCUUUGACUGGAAGGGCAUUCCAUUUGGCCUUUGGAAAGUCGAGCCUCUUUGCUUCUUCUUUUGAGAUGGUGCAAAAGAGACGGGAAGCAUUAUUCACAGAAUUAAGUGGAAAAAUUCUUGAGAGUGAAAAUGUGAUUCGUAGAAAGGCUGUGGAUUCUAUCUUGGCGAGGAUACAAACUUUUAUGGCGAAAGCCAGUGUUGACAGUAAAAUGGUUUCUCAACGUAUGGCUUUUACCAUGCUAGGAGCCACACUCUUUGGAGAUGCAUUUUUAGCUUGGUCUAACGCAACUAUCUAUGAGGAGAUCCUUAUGAAGAUAGCUAAGGAUGCUCGUCUUUGGGCUUCUUAUAAUGUUACUCCUGUUUGGAAGCGUGGAUUUUGGAAGUACCAGUCUCUGUGCACAAAGCUGAAAUGCUUAACGCAAGAUAUUAUUCGACAGUGCAAAAUAAACUGCAUGCUAUUUGGUCAGGAUCAUAGUCACCGUAGUGAAACAGAAAACUGGGGAAAGGAGUUUGCAUCUGAUGGACCAUCUUGCUCUGAAGUUGUAAUAGUAAAUGACCUAAUCUUUCCGGAACUUAAUGGCCAUCUUAAUCCUAGGGAAGAAGAACCAUGUAGGAAUCUUAUGGGCAUUAUGUUUCAUGGAUGCCUUACCACAGCUGGUUUGAUUAAUAAUAUUUUGGUGAGCCUUGUUACACAUCCACAGAUACAAGAUAAGAUCUACUCGGAGAUAACUAUGGCACGAAAUAGUUCAUUGGAAGAAGGCCAACUGGAUAUUCAUAAGAUGGUUUUAUUACUGGCAACUGUUUACGAAUCUGCUCGUCUUGUGCCACCUGGAUCUUUGAUACAGAGAUGUUCUCUCAAACAUGACUUGAAUCUUAAAGGUGGUGCAACCAUACCUGCUGGAGCAGGGGUGGUUAUACCCGUACAGCUGGUACAGAUGGAUGAUUACAACUGGGGAAGUGAUGCUGGUGAUUUUAAUCCAUAUCGCUUUUUAGCGAAGUCUAGAGAGGGAUCUGAUAUAUUGCUGAAUAAAUCAUUCUCAGGGCCUGCUGAAAAAAUUGUGCAUACUGGAGAGAGCUCCUUUGUUUUGAAUGAUCCAGAUAAAAAUCCAGCGUUCGUGUCCUUUGGCUCUGGCAUUCGUGCCUGCAUUGGCCAGAAAUUUGUAAUUGAAGGAGUUGCAACAUUAUUCGCUUCAUUGCUUGAACACUAUGAGAUAAAGCUCCAUCAAGAAGCCGAGGAUAACCCGAAACCAAGCAACUUUGCGUUCCAGCUUCUUUCUAGUUCACAGAUAGUAUUUGUAAAAAGGGACAGCUGAAAGAACGAGGGAGCAGAAGGUCUGUUGUGGAUAUUUGCUGCUUCUUCACAUGAUUCUGCAUUCCCAGGUCACUAAUAGGAAGACUUCUCCUGUCUAACUUUUCCCCACCCCGGGUUUUGAUGACGGGAUCUCUUUUCCGCUCGUUAGCUAUUAAAUCGGAGGAUGUUACGCGAGUAAGUUUUGUGGCUCGUGUUUUUUUCCUCCAUCUUUAUGAUAGCACAAGCGCUUGUUUUAUGGACGUGCCAGUUUUUAAAAUGUUUUCUAUAAGUACUCUGGGACUACCGUUGUAGCAGAGCCUUAUCGUUUCCCCCGUCGUUGGAUCUGCAGCUUCAUCUUAUAUGUUGAACUUUUUUCUCUCCCGAAACCGAAAGGCCUAAAAAGGGAGUUCAAGUUGUGUUUUCAAGUAGCUGGGAGAGAAUCCCAGUAAAUUGUAUACAUGUAUGUUGUACUGUUCAAUAGAAGUUUUAUAGGUACAAAUGGCCUUCCCCUGCA